CGCACCAGCAGGGGGCGUCUGACUGAAACCGGGCUUUCCACCUGCGUCCUUCCGUACCUGGUAGCGCCACACCUCCACGACUGCAGCCCGGCCCCUCCCUGACCUGGAUACGCACUCAACAUGUCUCACCCCGGCCAGCCCGUAAACUAAGCCAGCAGGCAGGAAAGCAGGAAGGCUGGCAGGCUGCUCGUGUGCCAAAACCGGCUGGUUUUUCCGUCCUCGGACCUGACGAGGACCUGUCAGUUCGUGAGGCGGCGGCCGGUUGCAGACUGAGUCAGUUUCCUCAAAGGAAGAACGAGAAGUGAGUGGAGGACGAGGAAAGCAGUGGAUGGACACAACAUGGGAUCGGACGAGGCCUACAAUUUUGUCUUCAAGGUCGUUCUGAUCGGCGAGUCGGGCGUGGGGAAGAGCAACCUGCUGUCCCGCUUCACCAAGAACGAGUUCAACCACGACAGCCGCACCACCAUCGGCGUGGAGUUCAGCACGCGCACCGUGCAGCUCAACACCUUCUCCAUCAAGGCGCAGAUCUGGGACACGGCGGGACUGGAGCGCUACCGGGCCAUCACGUCGGCGUACUACCGAGGUGCGGUGGGAGCCCUCCUGGUGUACGACAUCACCAAGCACCUGACCUACGAGAGCGUGGAGCGCUGGCUGAAGGAGCUCUUCGACCACGCCGACCCCCACAUCGUGGUCAUGCUGGUGGGCAACAAGUCUGACCUGGAGUCCGAGAGGUCGGUACCCACAGAGGAGGCCAAGGACUUUGCAGAGAAAAAAGGUCUGUUGUUUCUGGAGACUUCUGCUUUGUCGUCAACGAACGUGGAGGCUGCCUUCAACACUGUCUUAACAGAGAUUCACAAGAAGGUGAGCCGUAAGGAAGUGUCCAAAGGCUCCAUCAGCGCCAUCACUUUGAACACUCCCAGAUUGGAGCCCACCGAGGAGAAGAAACCUUGCUGCAAGAACAUCUGAGCUGGACCUCCGGUAGGGGCUGAGGGGACGGAGGGGAUCCGAGCCAUCGGACUUGUGCCUUCCUUUUAAAAAUUAAAGAGAAAGGGAAAAAAAUUGACUGAUUUCAACCUUCGCAGGCUGGUGCAAUGUGAAUGAAAACAUUAUCCUGCUUGUUGUGCUGUACUUCCUGGGUGAGCUGGAUUUUAAACAGUACAACCACAAGAUGUUCUUUUUUUUUAAAGUACAGAUUUUAAAGGGAACGCUUUGUUCAAUAGCCAAUAUUUGAGGUGCAUGUGUGUGUCCCUGCUGAAAUAAAAGGAUUUGUGAUCAAAAUGCUGA